CCCCAACUCAGAGCAAAUCCUUAGACAUCUCCCCGAACUGCAGAACGAGAGGCUCGGCGUUGUUCGAAAAGAAGCGACCCUCAGCGAGGGGUAGCAAGGCAGGAAGAAGAUGUUAAAAACUAUAAGCAACCAUCCCAGUAAUGGAUCUCUCUCAGGAAAGUGAGACUGAUUUAGAAAAUAAUGAGAGUAGUGAAAUUCAAAGCACAGAAGAAACUGAACUAACCUUUACUUGUCCAGAUGAAAGAAGUGAAAAGAAUCACGUUUGUUGUCUUCUCAACAUCAGUGACAUUACACUUGAAGAGGACGAAAGAGCCACUGAGUUUGUCAUCGGCACUGGGUGGGAAGAGGCUGUCUGUGGCUGGGGAAAGAUUUCUCCAGCUGCCUGCAUCUGGCCACGGAAGAAACUGAAAAAGGCCAGGGUAGGAGAAAGUGCCAGCAGCAGCUGCUUGUUCUGUGUCAGUCUCUCUCAAGGGAUCCUGGAGGCCAAGCCUUCCAUGGAGGCUGGGAGAUGGGAGGCAGGGGCUAUGGCUGACCUGAGCCUGGAGAAGAAUUGGAGCAACCCCUCCCAGACUCCAGGGCCCUCCCAGGGCCCUCACACUGCUUGUAGGGAGAGCACCAAACUCUGCUCUCCCACCUACAUUCAUGGGGAAAAAAAAAGUCUGCAAAUCAAGGAGUUUAUCUGGAGCAUGGAAGACUGUGCCAUCCCUGAGACAACUAGUGGCAAGGCCCCCAGGAGUCCCAGCAGAGGCACUGGCAGAGGGCUCUCCAUCUCAGACUCCUUGACCUCCAAGGCCCUCCUGGUUCUGCCUCCCCUGAAAGCUGCCCCCUCAAACAGUAUGGAUGUUCUGGGUAAGAAGAAUAAGAGCAUUUUCUGGCAGUCGGAAGAGAAGGUGCUGAAGGUGGAGAAGGAUGAGUGUGUAGCUUGUGCAUAUGGAUUGAAAACAGUUGAUGGGAAAAGUGAAAAGAGACACUUGGAGCUGGCCAAGCACCGUAAGGUCACCGAUGAGAUGCCUUUCCCUUCGCCCGUGGCCCAGACACUCCUGCUGGCUGAUUCAGAGCUGUGCUGCCCAUACUGGCCCCUCUUGCCUGAGAAAAACCUGGGGUGCCUUCCCAAUCCCAACAGUGUACGCUGUCUUGCCACCUUGCAGCCUUUGCAGAAACAGGGCACGCAAAGCCACAAAGCCAAAUUCAAAGCCAAGGAGCCGAGACCUCUCAGGAACACUACAAAGCACCUUCUCACAAAGGCCAGCCAGGAAAACAGGCCCCAAACGCUGGAGACCAAUGUGUUCCCAAGACCGCUCUUGCCGUCCCUCACACACAGGAAAAAGAAGAUAAAGUAG